AUGGCACCAACUUCUUCGACUCCUGCUGCGGGGUCUCCUCCCCUUGACGACCCGACACCGUACAGAUGUCUUGUUGGGUCUCUGAUGUAUCUGCUAAUCACUCGUCCAGAUCUAUCCUUCUCUGUGAAUCACCUAUGUCAAUUCAUGCAUGGACCAACACAGGACAACUGGGCGUCACUCAAACGGGUGUUGUGCUACAUGCAAGGCACUCAAAAUCUGGGGCUACGCCUCACACAGACAGUUUCUCCGGUUGUCCAUGCCUUUUCAGAUUCAGACUGGGCUGGCUGCUCUCUUGAUCGGAAGUCUACCUCCGGUUACACCAUGUUUUUGGGCCCCAAUCAUGUUUCCUGGACGUCUAGAAAGCAACGCACCGUAGCACGGUCCUCUACCGAAGCCAAGUAUAAAGCCCUGGCUGACGUUGCUGCCGAGGUCACCUGGGUACAGUCCUUGCUGCGAGAGCUUGGCUUACAUCCACCCACUGUUCCAAUUCUAUGGUGUGACAACUUAGGCGCAACCUACCUGUGCGCCAAUCCGGUAUUUCAUGCACGGACGAAGCAUGCAGAGGUCGAUUACCACUUUGUUCGGGAUAAAGUGACAACUGGAGCUCUCAAGGUGAACUUUGUAUCUACUAGUGACCAGCUCGCCGACAUCUUUACCAAGCCUCUCUCCUCCUCUCGCUUUGGUGAUUUGCGGCGCAAGCUUAGCGUGGUCCUGUGUCUCUCUUCAGCUUGA